AUUCAAAUUGCAUUCGUCUAUUUGAACUGCACAUAUUUUAACAAUGCAAAUCAAAAAAAGUUAAUACUAAAAUGACCAAAAAUUCAAAUGAGACUUAUUCGGUAACUGAAAAUGAAAACAAUAAAGAGUUACUAGAUAACCUUCGUGUUGAGAUUACGACGAAUUUAGAUAUUCACAGACAAUUUAUUUUUAGUUACUUGAUAAGUAAGAAAGUUUUGGAUGAAGAAGACUGUGAACAGAUAAUGAAUAGUGGUGUAACAAGACAGCAAAAAGUUUGUUGCUUUAUUGAUAUAAUUCGACGUAAAGGAUUAUCUGGAAUCAAACAUUUCAUUGAUGCUUUAGAAUAUGAAAAUCCAGCUCUUUACAAAGCAUUUACUGGGAAAAAUGCAACUAAAUUUAUGGCUCCUCUUAUUCCAUCUGGGCGAGCAUGGGAUUGUAUUUCAGGUCUUUCUGCAAAAGAAUAUGUUGAUUCUGACAGAGCAAUUUUAUCAAGUCAACUGGAACAAAGAAUAAAAGAUUACCACUGUAUGGUUAUUCAACUUAAUAGAUCUAUAGAAGAAAAAAACAUUGUUGAAAAAAACCUAAUGACAGCUCAAUUAAAAAUUGAUGAUCUUCAAAAGAAUAUUGAAAAGCUAAAGGUACACUAUCAAAAUAAUCCAAAGUCUGUAGAGACAAAAAAUGUGUUACUUUCCAAGUUACAACAAGAAGAAAUUCACUGUAAGUUUUAUGAUAAACUUGCAAGGCAUGAUAGUAUGACAAUCGCCUUACAAUCAAAGCUUGUUGAACUAUUAGAUGAAAUCAGCAAAAAAAACGAUGAAUGUAUUCAUUUAAAAGAAGAUAACAAGAAAAUUAAAAAAAUGGCUGAUGAAAUAAAGUUAAAGUUUAGUGUUCAUCGAAAAAUUAUGAAAAUAUACAGUGAACAUAACUUUAAUGCAAAUUCAUCUUCGGCUGAGGAAAUCAAAGAGAACCAACUUAAAUUUCGGAGAACUGCAGAAGAGUUAGAAACAUUAAAAGGAGAGUUUGAUGAGUUUGUCAAAUACAGUGACAUGUUAAACACCAAAUAUAAAAUGGUUUUGAAAGAAAAUUCAGAUUUAAAAAGCUUUAUCAAACAGAUAAGUUGUGAUUUUAAGAACAUGACUUUAGAAAAUGAGCAAAGCAAAUUACGCUCCAAAGAAAUGGAAUGGAAUUACACAUUUUUAAAAGACCAAAAUGCAAGAUUGGAAGCAGAAGUUAAAAUGUACCAAGAUAUGCAAGCUGCACAAAAAUUUGAUUGUGAAAAAUUAUUGGAAGAAAAAGAUAAAUUGUAUGAUGCCAUUACAGAUUCAAAACAAAAAUCAGAUGAAGGACUUCAGAAACAGAUUCUUAUCAAUGAGGCUCUUGAAAAAAAUUAUAGAAAAAUUGCGAUUGAAUUAGAAUCAGUUAAAAAUACUUUACAACAAACUGUCAAAGAACUCAACGAAGCAAAAAAUUCACUAAAAUUAGUGUCUAAAACAAACCAAUUUUCUGCAUUUGAAAGCAAGAAUAAAGACAAAAAGAACGAUAUAGAAAGCUCACCAAUCAGUGGAUUUUGUGCACGUAAACGUUCUCAUAAAGAACUCCUUAACAGCAUUCGCAGAAAAUUUCCAGAAGACUCAGUUAGUAGGUUAUUGUCUUUUCAGAAAGUAAGAUUAUUUCCAGGAUAUUCAAACACAAAUCCGUCGGAUCUUGUUACUAUACCUGAAUACUCUGAUUCUCUGCCAACACUAAAUAACAAAAAGUUAGAUAAAGGUUUAAGCGAAAGGAGCGAUAAUGAUUUUAUGCAUCUCACACCUGAAGAUGAAUUGCAUACAAAUCAAAGUCCUGCGUUUCGUUGUCGUGCGAUGUUAGUGGAGGAAAGAGACCUUAUUUGCCGAACCAAGAUCAAGCGCAAAACGUUACCAUCAUAAAGUGAAAUAAAUUUGUAAUUACGAACCUAUUUUGUAAAUUUUGUUUUAAUGCUUAUUUUCUUGACGCUGGCGUUAUUUUUUUACAAUUUUGUGAUAAAAUUUACAUUGUGUUUAAUAUUAUGUACAUAUUCCAACUA